ACGCAACACAUGUUUUCGGCUGCGGUCAGCAAAUUUUUUGAUUGAAAAAAUGCCACUACGAGCAAAUUUGCUGUUGUUUCUUCUAAUCGCUGCUCACGUCCAUCAAUACAAUGGAAACCCAAAAAAGAAACUUGGAAGACGAAAUAAUUUUCCUAAAGUUAUCAGCAAACGCAUGCAUAUCAUCAAGUGUUGUGGCCUGAAAAGUUGUGUCUACAUCCGUUCUCGCGCAAAUAGUCGAACAAGACCAGAUAACUUGGGCACUCAAGUAUUGAAAAAUGUGACAGUAAAAUCUGAAAUAUUGACAACAGGAUUCAGCACGGAACAGACAAAUUUUACCGAAGAUAUUUCAGAUUUUCCAACGACCUCAGCAGUGACAGAUACUGACUUGCCAAUAAUAAGUUCCGACUCAAAUUCUCCAAAGCUUUCAGAUAUUCCGUCAACAUUAGAAACUACUGAAUUAUUUUCAUCACCAAUUCCGUCAGUUGAUUCAACGAUAAAAUUUGCCACUAUUUUCAGCAGUGAAUCAUUAACCAACUCAGACGGAAGGACCACAAUUGCAAAUUCUGUUUCUAACACCACAUCAGUGUCAAGUACAACAAUAAUUACCCCCUCAAUCAAAACAACAACUUCGUUAACGACAAACGCCAUAACUACAACCAUUGACCCAUCGUUGGUUGGAACAUGUAGAACGGAAACAAACGCCGCUGUUAACCGAUCCCUUUUUGCAUCAAACGGAGCACUCGCGGAUCCAAAUUUACACGGAUUUUGGUUGGAUGCGUGCGGCCAAACCCUGUUGCUCGGAAAGUCGAUGGGCACUUGGCAUGAAAACUCGGCAAAGUGCUUCAGUCUGAAAAUGCAGCCUUUUGCAUUCGAGAGCAAAGUGAAGCUCGAGUGCAUGAAAGUGCAGGCCACGAGUUGGAGGUUUAAUUUGAACUACUGGACGGGCGGGACGAAGGACCCGGUGAAUGACACAUUAGGGUGGUGCUUUGCUAACGGAACCGUACCAUGGAAGGAAAUUCCUCCCCUCGCCAACCUUUCCAAAGGCCAGAACUGCGUUCAGAUGCAAAUCUCAAAAUUCAACGGCACCAUUUCGAUGAUGGACAGACGCUGUUCGGACAGAUUGAUUUUCGCUUGCCAAAGCUCGCCAACAAAGUCUCCAAAGUGCACCGGUCCUCUUUGUCCAGAUGUCGCAUGCCAGAGAAAUCCGUCUUUAUUCACCCCUUCGGCAAAUAAUUCAUAUUUGGUUUUAAAAGAUCACACUCAGCACGGCCUGUGGUUUUCCAGAAAUCUGCGUCAUUACCUCUUCAGUUUUCAAAAUGAUUCCAGAACUUAUUUUGAAGCGACGAAGGCCUGUUGUUCUUUGGGCAUGUCUCUGCUGAGCUUAGAUGGGAGUCACAAAUACGAAGCCCUGGCCAGCAUUUAUGCCGACUCGACAGAUUUGAAACAAGGGACUCAAAAUUUAACCUUCUGGACUUCCGGUUCAGACGAGGGCUGCGAGUCGAUUUUCGGUUUCUGUACGGCCAAACGGUUGUUCCGCAACGAGUCCCGGUGGCUUCCUGGACAACCCGACAACGCAGAAGGAAAAGAAAACUACGUGGCCGUCCAAAUAAAAAAUGGCCAAGCGUUGCUCGCUGAUUAUCAAGGAGAAACCAAAUUCAGAUAUAUUUGCGAAAUAAGACGAAAUCCGCAGUCGAAGAGUGGCUUGAAAGCGAUAAUUGACGAAUGCGCGGUUGUUUACAACGUCACUGAACAUGAAAUUGACUUACUUCAAAAUGUGACGAGUUUUGAUUCGCGAAUGAAAAAGUUUUCAGUGCUUUGUGAAACUUUUUGGAGACUCCACAGGACUGGUAUUGAAAAUUUAAAUUUAUUAACCGUGUUUCAGUUUGAUUUUUUAACUGGAAAUAAGCUUGUGGGUGGGAAGAUUGUGGAGAACGAGGUGUUUGCAAAUCUCGAGACGACGCAAAACGAGAUCGGGCUCAUCACAAAUAUGGCCAUUGUGGACGAGUGCAACAAUAAAACUUACGGAAUGGACGAUUGCGACAAGGCGUAUCAAUUGGCCAAGUGCGCCAGAGACAAAGCACCAGUGAUCUUCGACCAAGUCAUUAAAGACUUGCAAGCGGCGGACAGUGGUGAACUCAUUUCCAUGGCAUACGGUUGUGCGAAUACAUGUGAUGCUUCUUCUAUCAACGCCGUUGAAAAGAACAGUAUUGACUCGGUUCUAAAUACUCUGAACGCAUCAACAUGUUCGUUUGCUGACAGCAGAUACUGGCUUUGCAAAUGCAACGAUUCAAAGAAAUACAUAGUAUUUUUCCGCGGUGGUCUUGUUUACGAUUAUUAUGGAGCGACGACGUUCUGCUGUGAACGUGGAAUGCGAUUGAUUUCAGCCCUGAAUUACAUGAAAUCCGCCAUGUGUCUCAAGGCACCUCUGGCAAAUGAGAGCUACUCAAUCAAUUUCUAUACAAUUCUCAACGCAGUUGUGAUCGACGCGACAAGCGGUUUUAGCUACGACUGCGGAACCAAAACAGAAUUUCACCCGAAAAUGAUGCACCCAAAUUACAUUGCCCGACUUGAAUCAUGGUUUAUGAACAGUGCUGGUCCAAUCGUCGCUUAUUCCAGUUUGAUAGGAGCCGUGCCUGAGUUUGCUCUACUCUGGCCCAACCAUAAAGAAGUGUUUAUAUGCGAAGAAAUUUGAAUUAAAUCUCCUCUCAGAAGGAAGAAAAAAAUUUUUAAAGCGUUAAAAUAUACUUUUUUAAAUUGAAUUACGCAUUGGUUUAGUG